UCGGAAAUCAGUCAGCGCGUUCAGACCUGAAACCACCCGGAUGAUAUACACACACACACACACACACACACACGCACACAUACACAUUCACACACACACACACACUCCCCCCCACACACCCUCACAUACACAUUCACACACUUAUGGUAGCUCUGCAACUGUUUCAGCAUGGAUUUCAUGACCGAUCGAGAUGUGCAAAAGUACCAGGAGGACGGGUAUGUGAUUCUGGACGGGCUCCUGACUUCCCAAGAGUGUGAUGAGCUAAGGCACAGGAUGGCAGAGAUAGUGGAGCAGAUGGACGUCCCGGAUCACUGCCGAACCACCUUCUCCACCUAUCACGAGGAGCAGCUCAAAACACAGAUGCAGGGGAAUGCAGACUAUUUCAUCACCAGUGGAGAUAAGAUCCGCUUUUUCUUUGAGAAAGGAGUUUUCGACGACAAAGGAGAAUUCAUCGUGCCGAGGGAGCGCUCACUGAACAAAGUUGGACAUGCACUGCAUGCCUAUGAACCUUUGUACAAAAAGGUUACACAUUCACCCAAGAUUCAGGGCAUUGCUAAGAAGCUGGGUCUUAAAAGUCCUGUGGUGACACAGAGCAUGUACAUUUUUAAGCAACCAGGGAUUGGUGGGGAAGUGACACCGCACCAAGAUGCCACGUUUCUGUACACGGAGCCUUUGGGCAGAGUGAUUGGGUUGUGGAUAGCCCUGGAAGAUGCAACAGUCAAUAACGGCUGCCUGUGGUUUAUCCCGGGGUCACAAAACAGUGGCAUCACACGGCGGAUGGUGCGCACCCCAAAGGGCACCUUUCCCCUGACAGACUUCAUCGGUACAGAGAAGACCUAUGAUGAAGACAAGUUUGUCGCUGCACCCGUUCGAAAAGGUGGCGUGGUCCUGAUCCAUGGCGAGGUCGUGCACCGCAGCGCCCAGAACACCUCCGCAGACUCUCGGCAUGUCUACACCUUCCACAUCAUGGAGUCCCAGAGCACCAAGUGGAGCCCUGACAACUGGUUGCAGCCCACAGAGGAGCUCCCGUUUCCGCUGCUCUACACCGACUAAAGGAUGCGGCUGGCCUUUGCUGCUGCAGUUCAGGGAUAGACAAAAUCCUCAGGACGGACCAACGAGCGUCAACUUGUGUAGUGUAGAGUGACACUAAAUGUUUGAAAAAAACAAAAAAAAAAAAAAACAUGCAGCUUAACCCAGAAUUACUGUUAACAAUACAUCUAAAACAUUGCUGCAUAUCUGAUUUAGGGACCAAAUGUGAUGCUAAAUAAAGGAGUAAUGGUGGUUUACUCACAUUUGCAAUUAUGUGAGAAAGUAAUGGAUUUAAAUCAAAUGUUGAUUUGAAUAAACAUUUUUUAAAUUUU